AUGGCCUUUGAGUGCAUUGCGUGUGCCGAGGAACAUGACAGUACACCAAUCACCUUGGCAAAUCAUCCAGUGUGCUCGGACUGUUUCAAGGGAAGCAUCGUCCCCAUGUUUCACGAUGCUCUCAACAACGAGACCAAGCGACCGGUCAAAGUGGACGGAGUCCCUUUGAAUCCUCACGACUAUGCCGCUUUCUUCGACGAAGAAUUUCUGAAAAACUGGGAUGCCAAGAAGACCGAGUUCAACACGCCUGUUCAACAUCGCCUCUACUGUCGAGGAAGUAUCGACUUCUUCGAUACCGCUUGCGGUGCCUUCCUAGGCACAAAGACCGAGCGUGAAGGAAUGAUUGUCUGCACGAGAUGUAGAGGCUCUACAUGCACCAAGUGUGGCGAGCCGCUAACAUUCAUGGAGAAGAAUUACGGGUUACAUAGCUGCAGAACACAGACAGAAGAAGCAGAGAACCCAUUCGCGGGAAUGAAGCGUGGCGAAGACUAUCAAAUCUGUCCUCAGGAGAGCUGUCAGGUCAAAGUGGGCUUGGCGGCUGGUUGCAAUCAUAUGCGAUGUCCGUUUUGCGGCACUCAGAUGUGCUUCAUCUGUGGAUCCGAAGCUACAGAGCGAUCAGGUCACUGGGACGUCGGUAAUCCAUGUCCCCGUUUCGGCAAGAAGGGCAACGCUCGCGCCAUCCACGAUCCGCUACCGCGGCGUGCGGGAAUUCUCAACCGGCUCCUACAUUGGCGGCCUCGGCGACGUGGACUGAACCGACAGGGAGAAGCUACAGACGACUUGCCUCUAGGAGAUCCGGCGGUCGUAGCUGCUCAGAUCCAAGACCAAGAACGAAUCCUCGCCACACCCGAAGGCCGCCUCUUCACUUCCGACCACGCGCGCCUAGAUCGUCUACAUACUCGCAUCACGUUCAUCGAAGACACCACUCCAAGUCGUAAUCGUACAACACAAGCGUGGAACCAGACCCGUGAUGCUCACAAUCUACUGCACCACCUGGAAAUUGCGAUCGAGGUCUACAUCACAGACCUACGACGGGGAACGGCGCCUCGACGGCCGCUCCGCGAAAGCGCCGUGCAUCGGCAUAUCAACCAUCGGAUCACGGCAUAUGUAGAACGGCUUGGUAACGCAAUCGGCCGGUUCCCAGAGUUGCAGGGAGUUCUUACUUCUUACAACGAGGCGUGGGCUGGGAGGAUGGAGCAGCUUUGGGCUGGUCGUGACGAUUUGGGGGACGAGCGAUUGGAUGAUGAGGUCGAUUGA